UCGUGUUCCGUGCACGCGGGUGGAGUUGCAGCUGGAGAUAUCCCACAACAAGCUCCGCGCGCGGACCGAGAGGACAGUGAUACUCUAAGAUAUACGCGUUCUACCAUUUUUUUUUUUUUUUUUGCUUUGAGAUGUGAAUCGAUCUGAGCACAAGCAGAACGGCUGGAACAUCAGCAGAACCCGAUAUGGUUUGAGUGGGACCAGUCUGUUCAUUCUGUUUGUUUGCGCUGGACGCGCGCGUAAAUGACGGCCGCCGCACGGAUUCCUGCUUUGUUUCCAGAUCAUCUUUAUUUUCAUUUAAUAUUAAGAAUGAAAGAAGACAAAAACAAACGAGGAAACGAACAGAGACAUAAAAUGCUUCGGUGGACACUGGAUUAAAGUCUGACUAAGCCURGUAAUCCCCGUGGACUUUACAAGUGAAACACACAAUCAAUGCUUAGAAGAGGACCAGUUACGAAAAAUACAUUUAGCCCAGAGAACCUGAAAAAAAUGUCUUUGCUGACAAUCGCAUUUAAAAGAACCUUGUGCUUAAUUGCCAAAGAAAAUGUACAUAUUUAGAUAAAUGUAAAUAUCAUGAAAAAAAGACAGAAACAAAUCACCUUCCAACAGGCACCUCCACGCUUUGUGAAACACGAGAUGGCCUGCAUUUCUGGAGCUGAACAUAAACUAGGAUAUGUCUCUCCUGUCACCCCACCAAUGAAACUAGUUGAUACUGGAGAAGUGAAAUGGUURGAUUAGUCAUUGACUGAAGUUGGCUAAUCUCCGAGGACAAGAAUCAUGGACAACAUCACUGGUAACAACACUUCGUCUCCACUUUGGAGUGAGAGGACACUUCUCAGCCUUCAGAUCUCCCUGUAUGUUCUGUUAGCUGUCGUCACUCUGGCUACUGCUCUAUCAAAUGCCUUCGUCAUCGCCACCAUCUUCCUGACCAGGAAGCUCCACACYCCUGCCAACUUCCUGAUAGGAUCCCUGGCCAUCACAGACCUGCUGGUGUCCAUURUAGUGAUGCCAAUAAGCAUCGUCUACACCGUAACCAAAACCUGGUCGCUGGGGCAGAUUGUUUGUGACAUCUGGCUCUCGUCMGACAUCACCUUCUGCACUGCCUCCAUUCUGCACCUGUGCGUCAUCGCGUUGGACCGCUACUGGGCCAUCACAGAUGCGUUGGAGUACUCAAAACACCGCACCAUGCGCCGAGCGGGGAUGAUGGUCGGGGUGGUAUGGGUGAUCUCGAUUUCUAUUUCUCUGCCUCCACUUUUCUGGCGGCAGGCCCAAGCGCAGGGGGAGCUGAAAGAGUGUGUUGUGAAUACAGAAAAGAUCUCUUACACCCUUUAUUCCACCUUCGGCGCCUUCUACGUUCCCACAGUGCUUCUCAUCAUCCUCUACGGACGGAUUUACGUCGCAGCCCGAUCCCGCAUUUUUAAGACCCCGUCGUCGGGGAAGAGAUUCACCACAGCGCAGCUCAUCCAGACCUCAGCGGGCUCCUCUCUCUGUUCUCUUAAUUCUGCCUCCCACCAGGAUGCACACCUACACUCUGCCAAUGCAGGAGGUGGAGGAGGAGGAGMAGGAGGAGGCGGCUCGCCUGUGUUCAUGAAUAGUGUGAAAGUUAAGCUGGCAGACAGCGUGCUGGAGAGGAAACGUUUGUGUGCCGCACGGGAGAGGAAAGCCACCAAGACUUUGGGCAUCAUCCUGGGUGCAUUCAUCGUCUGCUGGCUCCCGUURUUUGUCUGCACACUCGUCAACGCGAUAUGCACAACGUGCUGGUUUAGUUCUGUGCUGUUUGAUCUCUUCACCUGGCUGGGAUACCUAAACUCGCUUAUUAAUCCCAUCAUCUACACGGCGUUCAAUGAUGAUUUCAAACAGGCUUUCCAAAAGCUCAUCAAAUGCAGACCAAGUUUCUGAAAAGAACAACUGGCAUGUGGAUUUUGCACAAAUAGGAGAUGAUAGAAGUWAUAAACAAUUCAAAUUUUCAUCUUCUAAACACAUGUUCAGUGCAGUGUGGCAAAAAUACUGUAGUUGGAUGCCUAUGACUUAUCCAUCACGAAGACUUGAGCAUGCAUUUCUUAAAAAAUAAAAAAAGACAUUUCAUGCCACUUGGAAAACACAAUUCAAAGGACAAAAACCAAAAGUGUUAAAGUCCAUUUCAAGGCACAGCAACCGUUUCUGUUGUUUUUUUUGGACAGAAAUAAUUGUAAACAUGUGGGGACAGAAAUCUCAGAGUGACUGCAUGUAAUCCUGCAGAAAAGCAAAGCCAUGAAAUAUCUGUUGUCUCAAUCUGUGUGUUACACUUUUCUGAUUCUUCCAUAUGCUUCCUUGGUGCAGUUAAACAUUUAAGUCCACCAACUCGAGACACACAAUUACACACAAUAGAGAUGUGUGCAAACCUUGUUACUCGAAUAUUUGGAGAAGGGAGAGUUGUCUUCAUGCUGCGCUCCAGUGAAGCAUAUCUGCCAUUUCUGAGGGCUGAACGGGAACAGCAUUUUCAGACUGAGUUUUAAGCAACACAGAAUGUUGUAGCAACAAAACUUCUGCCUAAAAUCCUAUCAAAACAAAACAAUACACAGUGGCAAGAUAAUGAUAAAUAGCAGGUUUCACUUCUAUUCAUUUAAAGACAUUUAAUAUGCUUCUUACCUUAAAGCUUAAAUGUGACCCAUCACUUCUAACUGAGGAUUAYAUCUCAAGGUAACGUGGUGAGAUAAAAGAUACUUUGGUUGAAAAGAUUUUCAAUAAUUGGAGUUUGUCAAAAUAUGAUAAAUAAAUACCUUUUCCCUUGAAGAAAAUGUCUGAAAUAUAAUUCAAAAAAGGUUUUGAAUGGCUUUUUGAGCAGUACCAACAGUGAACAAUGAUUUGGAACUAAAACCCCUAAAUUUUUGCCUCUUUUCCUGCUUUUUAGCAAAGCUAUGUUCACUACCAGCCGUGACAUCUGGAUAUCCAAAGAAGGUUUGAGGUUUCCUUCUUCAAAUGACAUCAAGGAAUCCUCAUUAGAAUGUGCUAAAAAUAGGAAACUGUAAAAUGGCCUCUUUGAUUACAUGACAAAUCAAACCUCUGGAACCACUCAAGAGGACUUUUUGCACUGCAAGGCCCAGGCUGGCCUGGCUUCAAACCAGAGUUUGGCGUGUUUGCAUUAGCCAAUAAAGCCCACCRCGAUUUCUGGAAAAUAGUCUGCUUGGCCUGAUUUGAUGUCAGCUACUGCUGCUCYUUGUUUGGUUCACUGCCCUGAGGGUUACGUCACACAGAUGAGAGUAUCUUUAUCUGAAUCGUUUACAGCAACUAUAAUGUUUAACUACACAACAAAGCGAGCUACCAAAAAACAACAAGCUAACAGCUUCCAUUAGCCUAUCAUUCUCUGUCGUCAGCCCUAUCAUCUUUAGCGUCAGAUGGUUCAAGUAUUGCAUUCUGUACUUUUCCUUUGAAUUUGUUGUAGUACUCUGAUAUUGUUGRGUCACAAAUAAAACAAAAUAAAAUUUGUGUGUGUUUAGUAACGUGUGCUCACAUCGAGGCAACACUGCUCAGUGUAAACACAAACAGGGACUGGGCGGGCCUUACAAGGCAAAAAUGGCAAAAAUUUCAGGAUGGUCAAAAUGUAGCUAAAAAAGCAGGAAUCAGAAAAUGUGCUUGUUGUGUUAGUUAGUUUAACCAUGUACUGUAUGACUUAACUCCUAAUUUGAUGUGAUGGGUCACAUUUAGAAAAAGAAAAAGUAAAAUGUUUUUGACAGAUGCAACAGACUUGCAAGAAUUCACACUGAUGAUAAACAUUAAAAAAAUAUACAGUGUCUUUGAGAGCCUUAAAAGUGAAGCUUUGAUGGAAUGUACUGUAAUUGACUCACUAGAGAUUUCAUUAAGGGUGAAAAGAUAUUUGUUAAAGCGUGUCUAAAAUGUUCUUUUUUAUUAUGAUUAUUUUUUGUGUAACAGGAUUGAAGGGACUGGACAACACUACAUUUAAAUAAAAAAUAAGAAAAUGAAGAUCA